AGAGGCGACGCGCGGCGGGGAAGGUUCCUGUGAGUAGAGCAGGGACUGUGGCCUCUCCCGGCAGGGGCCGGGCAGGACCGCGAAUGGCCACGGCCGAUCGGCCUCGGUAAGAAGGAAUGAAGUCCAGAAGCACAUGACAACAUGGAUGAAUCUUGAGGAUAUUAUGCUGAGUGAACUACCUCUUACUUUUGAGGAUGUUGCCAUUUAUUUCACGGAGCAGGAAUGGCAGAAUCUAGAGGUUUGGCAGAAGGAGCUUUACCAGCAUGUAAUGAGAACCAAUUAUGAGACUCUUGUUUUUCUAGAUGAUGGAAUUCCUAAACCAGAACUAAUAUCCUGGAUUGAACAAGGGGGAGAUUUCUUCAGAAAUUGCGAAGAAUCACAGAUAUCAGAAAACAUAAUUUGUUUCUCUACUUAUAAGCAUUUUGAUCCUGUUAUUGAGGGGCAGCUGUUUGGGGGAAGCCAAAAAGCAGUAUAUAAAGGAGAAAUUAAAUGCCAUUUCCAAUUAGACUCUCUUCCUAGCCAGUAUUCCUUUGGACCCUCAUUAGGAAAAAGUGAAGAAGUUACCUUUAGGCCUGAACAAGGGGUCACCCUCAUGAAUCCAGACAGACAUGACACACAGGCUCUAAUUCCAGUGCUGCCCAGCUCCAGGGAAUCUAGCCAAAGGGAAAGAAUCCCAAGUCACAAAACUUCAGAUCUACGUGGCUUCCAGGAAGUCUCCUUCUGGCAAAGUACCCACUACCCUUGCCCUGUCUGUGGGGAAAGCUUUUGGAUAAAGAUCCACUUAGUGAAACAUGAAAGGAGCCACCUAAAGGACCAGCCUCGUAGGUCUUGGAAGAAAUUCAAUAAACAAGCUGAUCCACAGCAUCAGUGGACUGUCCCUCAGGGUCAGAGGUGCUUCCAGUGUAAUGACUGUGAUAAGACCUUCCACCUGAAGCAGUACUUGCUUAGACAUCUGGCUGUACAUGCAGGGACCAGCCCCUUCCAGUGUCCUGAAUGUAAAGUGUACUUCCACCACAAGAGGACCUUUCUCAAUCACCACCUCAUGCACAAGGGGGAGAAGCCUUUCCAAUACCCCAAAUUUGAAAAGAGUUUUCUCCAGAAUAACAUGCCAGCUCCUCAGUGCCAAAACAGUGGAGAGGGGGCAAUCUCUUGUCCAACAUGCAAUAUGGCCUUGUCUGAGAAGUCUGAGCUCUCCAGCAUGCUCCCAGGAGAGAAGCUAUCUGAGUCCCCUGACUGUGAUGAGAGCUUCCUCCUGAAGGAGGGCACAGAGGCGCUCCAGCAUGACCAUUGUGGGGAAAGGCCAUUCUCUUGUCCUGAGUGCAAUGCAUGCUUCCCUACAAGGUCUCAGCUGACCAGUCACUUCAGAGUGCACACAGGAGAAGAGUCCUUUCAGUGUCUAGAGUGCAACAAGAGUUGCCUCCUGAAUGGCUUGCUGAAGGUCCACCAGCGUGUAGACAGCGAAGAGAGACCAUUUUCCUGUAGGAAGUAUGAGAAGAGGUUCACCAAACAAUGUCAACUCAUGGAACACAUCAGAGUACACAGUGGGGAGGAGACUUUCUGGUGUGCUGAAUGUGGCAGGAACUUCUCCCUAAAGGGACAACUGCUGAGACACCAGCGUCUGCAUACAGACAAGAAGCACUUUCAGUGCCCAGAGGGUGAUUUGAGCUUCCGUCUGAAGAGCAUGCUGAAAGCCCACCAGCUCAGACACACUGGAGAGAAGCCAUUUUCUUGCAGUGAGUGUGGCCGAGGCUUCAUCCACCAGUGUAAGCUCCGCGAACACCUGAGACUGCACAGUGGGGAAAAGCCUUUCCAGUGCCCUGAGUGUGACAAGAGUUUCCGCCUGAAGGGUAUUCUGAAGGCUCACCAGCGUACCCACAGCAAAGAGAGGCCGUUCUCUUGUGGGGAGUGUGGCAAAGGCUUUACCAGACAGUCUAAACUCACCGAACACUUCAGAGUACACAGUGGGGAGAGGCCCUUCCAGUGCUGUGAGUGUGACAGGAGGUUCCGCCUGAAGGGGCAGCUGCUUAGUCACCAGCGCCUGCACACAGGAGAGAGACCCUUUCAGUGCCCGGAGUGUGACAAGAGCUAUCGUGUGAAGGCCGACAUGAAGGCCCACCAGCUUCUGCACAGUGAGGAAAUGCCAUUCUCUUGUGAGUGUGGUAAGGGCUUUACUAAACAGUCUAAACUCACUGAACACAUUAGAACACACACAGGGGAAAAGCCUUUUCAGUGUCCCAAAUGUGACAAGAGAUUCCGCUUGAAGUCACAGCUUCUCAGCCACCAAGGCCUGCACACAGGAGAAAGACCUUUCCACUGCCCUGAGUGUAAUAAAAACUUCCGAGAAAGGGGGCACAUGCUUAGGCAUCAGCGCAUACAUAGGCCUGAGAGGCCAUUUUCCUGUGGAGACUGUGGCAAGGGUUUCAUUUAUAAGUCUAAACUUGAGCAACACCUCAGGGUGCACACAAAAUCCUGUAGUGCUCCAAAUGAGCCUGAUAUUAAGAAAAGGCUUAGCCAACUGUAUGCAAUGAUAGAAGCUGAUUGGAGCUGAGGUAGCAUGGGCCAUCCAAGGAUAGAACAGAACUUAUAUUGCCUGAGAAUCCAUAAGAAUACCCAAACCCAUGGUAGACAGAUUUUAGGAGCAGGGGUCCCCCUUUUUUUUUUUAGCAAGAAUGUAAUACUAGUUAGGAAUAUGAGAAAUCACAAAAGAUUUUCUCCUUUAUAACAAGAUAAAAAGAGAUAUAUGCUCUUUCUGCCAUUUUACAUGGUAAUUUUCUCCCAAAUUCUAAGCUGGCUCUGAAAUUCCAGCUUGAAUUAAGACAGAAGGAAAUCCCUCCAGUACAUUCUCAAAGUUGAAGAGAUGAGGGUGGCUGUUAAAUGUCAGUUUUACUUUUUUUUCCCCCCCGAAUGUGAUGCUAAAUUGUGGGUUUAAAUCCAGUUGUUUUCAUUGCAGGUGCUGAUAUAAUAGUGGAUGUGGUUUUGAUUGGUUUAUUUUUGAAAACUGAUAGCAAUAAAAUAAUUUAUCUGAAUUUUAGUUUGUCUGUUUAGGUGAAUGAAGUUUCACAGCAGAUUCCAUAGUGAUAUUGCAUCAUUCCCAUAAGGAAAAGCUGACAAUUGCAGCAAAAUUUGGCUAAUCUGAGAUUAACAAAUAUAAAACUGAAGGUGCUAAGAAGUAUGUAAGAACUUGGACAAGAGAUUGUGGCAGCAGAUAUAGAGUUGGGAGUUCUAUAAUACAGAUGCUAUUUGACGCUAAGAAAGCGAAUGAAAUUCCCAAGAGUGAAUAUCUAAGCAGACAUCUAAAAGCUGAGUUAAGACAAAAUAACGACAACAAAUGGCUUUAUCAGGGAGCAUUACAAGCAACCGUUUUAUGAGUUUCUUUUUUUUAUGCAAUUUUAUUGAGAUAUACUUACACACCAUAUAAUCCAUCAAAGUAUACAAUCAGUGGCUCACAGUAUCAUCAUAUAGUUGUGCA